AUGGCUUUCGGUCCAGCGUUCUUGUCUGCUCUACUUGCCUUGCCUGUAGCGUUCGCUCAGCUCUCGGGCAGGGUGGGACCUACGACUCCUCUUUCCGCUAAGCAAGCGACAAUAUGCAAUGUCCUCGACUUCGGCGGGUCUGUCGGCUCCAGUGAUAUUGGACCAGCUAUCGGGAACGCGUUCACGAACUGUGUGCUGAAGAAUCCUAACGGCGCGACGCUGUACCUCCCGCCCGGGAACUACAACAUGCAGACUUGGCAGACCCUCAACGGAGGCUCGAAGUGGGCUUUCCAGAUGGAUGGGGUCAUCACUCGCACCAGCACGGCGGGCGGGAACAUGAUUGCCAUCCAAAAUGCGAAUGACUUCGAGUUCUUCUCAAGUAACAGUGCGGGCGCAAUCCAAGGAAAUGGCUUCCAGUGUCGUAACGCAGGACCUAGGCUGGUUCGCAUCGUGACCUCGAACAACUUCUCGAUGCAUGAUUUGAUCUUGGUUGACUCGCCGGAGUUCCACCUCGUCAUUCAACAAGGUUCAAACGGAGAGAUCUACAAUAUGGCUAUUCGCGGGACGAACCUCGGUGGAUCUGAUGGGAUCGACGUCUGGGGCACAAACUACUGGAUCCACGACAUCGAAGUGACCAAUCGGGACGAAUGCGUCACCGUCAAGUCACCCGCGAACAACAUCCUCGUUGAGCGAAUCUGGUGCAACCAGUCCGGCGGGUCCGCCAUCGGGUCUCUCGGGACGGGCACGGCGAUUCAAGAUAUUCUCUACCGGAACGUCUACACGAACGGCGGAAACCAGAUCUUCAUGAUCAAGUCAAACGGCGGAAGCGGAUUCGUUAAGAACGUGUUGUUUGAUACGUCCUUGAGCCGCGAGACUGCGUAUGGGUUGAAUGUGGAUCAGUAUUGGAGCAGCGAGGCGACGCAGGCGGGAGAUGGAGUGCAGUUGAGUAAUAUUACGUUCCGGAACUGGGACGGUGCAGUCGUCAACGGCGUCCAACGUUCUCCCAUACAAAUUCUCUGCGCAGACGGGGCACCCUGCUCAGAAAUCACGCUGCAAAACGUCAAUCUCUGGUCGGACACCAACGCCGCGACUAACAAAUGUCGUUCUGCGUUCGGCACGGGCGCACCGUGUCUACGUUCAGGGACACCGACGAGCUAUUCGGCAGUGACGACGACGAUCAGUCGCCCUGCUGGGUUUACGACUCCACCCAGUCUGUCGGGUGAUUUGUCGCAAGGGUUUGCGACGAAUUCGCCUAUUCCGAUCCCGACGAUCCCGACAACUUUCUACCCUGGUUUGCCACAGAUCUCGCCACUGGCGAAGAACUCUUAA